AUGGGAAUGAGGACGGGGACGGUCAUACUUGCUGGGAAUGAUUAUUGCAAUCGAGUUACUGUACUAGGAAGGAACUGCGACAAUCUGCAUCGGGUUAAAGCUGCGAGAGAAGUAAGCGGCCGGGGUGGUGGUGGUGGUGGUAGUGGUGAUGCUUAUCCUGCAGGGUACGGCACAGUCAGUGCUUAUCUAGCCCAAGUGACGCAGUACCUUGGAGAUGCAGGCGAAGAUGCAAGUACCAAGUACCUGCCCCCAAGCUACUGUACUAAGAGUGUCGGAAGAGUUGGAGUGGAGAGGGUGCAACAUUCUGUUGUAAGGCUGUGCCAUGGAACUACCACUAGUCUGAUUACCGGUGGAUCAUGGAUUCUGGGUAGUGCUGACGGGAGUGCCUUGUUGCAAGCCAUGGAACGUGGUAGUCAGGAUAUGUGGUUGCUUGGCGGGGUAGCGUGGGCUUGGCCGGGCGGGUAG